AUGGCCGCUGAGCCGCCAACAUCGCUUGAGUACCUCUUCCGGCGUUGGGGGCUCGACCCUGCCCUUCGGCACCACCAUGGCCGGAGUCUUGGGAUCGAACAUCUGUAUCCUUGGCAAGCAAGUUGCCUGGCGUUGCCCGGAGUCGCAGAAGGACGGCAGGAUCUCUUGUACUUUGCGCCAACGAGCGGGGGCAAGACCAUGGUUGCUGAGCUUCUUUUGCUGCUCAGGGUCAUGGGUCUACCCCUGGCGCGUUCCACGGGAGAAGGAGAGGACGAGGAACGGGCAGCUACUGCUGCUGCCGCUGCCGUUGUGGAGAGCGGGGCGAUAACGGGUCUGCUGCGAAAAGUGGUCCUUCCCUUCGUCAGCAUGGUGACGGAGAAGGCCAAGCACCUGCAGAGUAUUGUGGCGCCCUACAACCGCGGCAGGCCUAAGAAGCAGAGGAUCCAGGCGAGCUCCUCACAGCAGCACCACCGGCAGUGGGGAGAAGCCCACCAUGGUGAUGAUUACCCUGCAAGACAGAAGCGCCCUUGUGUGUGGAUUGUCCGCCAAAUUGUGCUCGAGCAGGUUAGAGCGCUACACGGGGCAAAGGGCGGCGACCUCAAGCACGCCCAGAUCGCGGUGUGCACGAUCGAGAAGGCGAACGGCCUGGUCAACCGCAUGGCGGCUGCCGAUGAGCUGCACGAGCUGUCGUGUCUCGUGGUGGACGAGCUGCACAUGAUCGGGGAUGGCAGACGAGGCGUUGGUAGUAACAAGCCGGCACCGCUGAGACAGCACACCCAGAUCGUGGGUAUGAGCGCGACGCUGUCCAACGGUGCGGAGCUAGCCAAGUGGCUCGGUGCGACUCUCCACGUGUCGGACUUUCGGCCCAUUCCUCUGGACGAGAGGAUCGUGGUGAUCAUCUUCUGCUCCACCAAACAAUUCUGCCACAACUGUGCUCUCAAGGAAACCAUCCCUCAUGGAGUCGCCUUUCAUCACGCCGGCCUGGCCGACACUGAACGAUCGGCGAUCGAGAAGGCGUUUCGAUCCGGAGCACUGGACGUGCUCGCGGCGACUUCGACCCUUGGCGCGGGGGUUAAUCUCCCUGCAGGAAGAGUUAUAUUGAGGAACAUCAACGCCGUUGGAGGGGGGUUGAGCGCCACAAGGUUUUCGUCGGAUGUCGUAGUGAAGGGGGGAUCAGUCGCCGUGCUAGACCAGAAGAAGUACACCACCCGAACGGCUCGUUCGGCGGAACCGCGUUUUUUUAACGUUUUUUCGUGCCCUGUCCUAGCGACGGAUGAGCCGCCUCACGUUCCCACAGACCCCUUGCAUCCACCAUCCCCUUCCGCCCUCUCCUCUCCGCGCCCAACUUCUGCCUGCCGGUAUGCCUACCUGAAACUGCUCCUGAUGUACCGGUCCUGCUUACCAGCAAUGCUUCUCAAGUGCACGUUGAUCUUCCACCAACAGCCCGACGAAGCUGCCCGCGACCGGCUCCACGACUACGCCUGGGCAGCCAUACAACUCCUCAUCGACGAGGGCUGCGUGGAGCUCAUCCAACCGCCGACCCCGGCUGUGCCCAAACCAAUCGCCACCGCCGCAAAGGCUCCCGCUUCCGCCUCCCUCGUUGCUGCCACUACAAGUAUAUCGGGAGGAGGAGGAGGAGGAGGAGGAGGAGGAGGAGGAGGAGGUGGAGGCAACAAGCGCGUCGCAGAUACCGCUACACACGUCCCCGCUACGUACGUCCCGGUGACGAAACGGUCGAAGCCCACUGUCGUUGGACAGAAGGUGGGGGUGCAAACACCACCCGUUGCACACAAUGACACCGCCGCCGCCGCGAGAGGUCGUCGUGCUACCGCGGCGAUGUCGUGCGAAGCUCAGGAUGGGGACUUCCGCAAGGAGCCCAGAAGCGGUGGUCUUGGUAGUGUAAGCGGGGUGGAGGAGGCGGGGAGCGAUGAUCGAUUACUGGUGCCCACCAAGCUAGGGCUGGCCAUCUUCCGCAGCUCGAUGCCGCCUGGGGACGGGCUGAUGAUCUACAGGGAUCUGUCAGAGGCGAAGAACGGAAUCAACCUCCGCCACACCCUCUACCUGGCCUACCUGCUAACUCCAUUGAGCCCGCCGGCGGGACUCAAGCCGAACUGGGAACGGUUGCGGGCGAUGUACGCCAGCGCGCAAGCUGCGGCGGCAGAAACGCCCCCAGGCCCAAACGCUCACCUCGUCGAAGACCUCCACAAAAUUGGUAUCACAGAGAGCCAACUGCACCUGUGGGCGUCGCGGGGGCCGGGCGGGGGCACAAGGGAGGCUCCGCUGCUAUCUCCGACGGCCGUGCAGCAGGCUGCUAGUGCUAGGCGCGGAGGCCUCGGUGACGACGGUAAAACGGGGACCAGAAGAGAUGUCCGCGGCGGGACGAUCGACUCUCAGUCUCCUGUGGCGAAGUCGUACGGCAUGAACAAGGGGGAGCUGCAGAACUUGCGACAGUCGACUGCCACCUUCUCAGGAAUGGUGGCGUCGUUCCUCAAGGUCCCAGGCAUGUCUCGGACGGAAGCCAGCGCCCUGUUCCAGGAAGGCAUCGUCAACGCCAAAAGCCUGCUGUCAGCUUCUAGCGACAGGGUGGCCACGGCCCUCAGGAUCAACGUGCCGUUCCGCUCUGCCACGAAAGAGGGGAGGGGUAAAGACCGAGGCGCGGGGGAGUGCUUCCGCUUCGAGAGAAGGGCUCAGAUGCUCGCGGAUUCCGCUAGAGCGGUAGACACCAAGAGAGAGAAGGGUAACAAGGCGCAGGCGAUGAAGCUUCUCAAGGCGGUGCGUAGCAGGCUAGGGAGCGGCGGCGGAUCAGUCGGCGGCGAUCUGGCGGAACUAGGCGGGGGAAACGACCUCGUCUGCGUUGUGCCCAAGGGCCGGAAGCGCAAGCGGUCUCGGGAGCUGAGCUCCGGCCGUAGACCGGGGCAUGGCGGUGGCGGUGGCGGCAACCUAGGCGAAACAGGACUUAGCGAUGAUGGCGUUGAAAGCGGCAGCGAUGGCAGCAACAGCGAUGAAGACGACGACGACGAGGACGAUGACCUCAGCGAGGGGGGCGACGAGAUUGACAAUGCCGUCGCGGCGUUCUUGUCCGGGGUCGCGCAGGACAAGGACGACUCUGACGACUCUGACGGCGAUUGUGGUGGCGGCGGCGGAGACAGAGACGGCGAUGUGGGCAGCAUCGACGCGGAGGAAAGACGACCUCAAGAGGGCGGGGGUGGUGCUGGCGGGGGAGGUGGUUGCGGCGGACCGAAGCUGGACGACGGGAAGCAGGGGAUAAGGUCACUGGCAGCCCAACCAACGUCGGCGCGUGCUCCGUCUCCCCACCACCACCAACAGUCCACGGUACCACUGCUAGAAAUCCGCGAUUCCGCGGCAGGGGUAGCGCAGCAAGCACCGCAGCAUCGAGGAGCCGGUGGCGAUGGCCGCUUUCGUGGAUCUGUCCUUGCGAGAGCCACGCAGCGAGGGAUGGGCAAGUCAGAGGUUGCCCCCUCGGUGGGAUCGGGAGGAGCGAUCCAACGGUCUGGUCUGUUCCGCGGAGCUGGCGGGUCUGGUGGGCAGGGGCUGGUCGUCGCCGCCGAGCAGUCUCCCGCCACGUCGACGGCCGAAGCGUUGAUGACCCCAAGAAACAGAAGCUGUGGUAACGAGGGAAAGCCUGGCUCCCAUGAGAAUGACCGCACCAUGAGGACCCCCGUACUUCGGCUAUCCCCAGACUCCGGGUCGUCAUCCUUUCUGUACGAGGCCGGGACGGACAGUUGCCCGGCGAUCCUUGAUUCUGCCGACGGCGAGGACAACAACGAAGAUCACUUCCCUCUCGACGUAGGAGGAACAGAGUCAGCGUCUAGAAGCGAUUCCGCCGCCGCCGCCGCCGGUGUAGCUGAAGAGCAAGAGGAUUUGCGGGUCGGUCCCGCAUUUGCGGCGUGUCGUGGUCUGCGCGCUCCUACUGCCGGGAAUCAAGCAAGAGGGAGCCACCACAGCCCUGAGGGUAGGAGGCAAGGGGAUUCCACGGACGUGUUCGCCGGGGGGCCGGCGGCGGUGGCGGAGUUUUCAUCCGCGUGGCGGCGCUCGAAGUGCUUCUCCUUCGUGCUCGGUAGCCGCGACUUACAGUGGCUCAGGAACAGCGGCAGCAGUCACGGCGGGGGAGCGGGAAGAGGGGAUCGGCGUGCGUGGGAGUACCGGCGGUCAUGGGAGGCGCUGGUGGCAUCACCAGCGUUGCCAGUGGCGCCUUACACGGUUCCGUCGGGCGGGGAGGGCGGCGUUCCUCUGUCUCAGCGUGGGCAUGGAGAGUCGGCUUCAGCUCGCUGGGAGGCACUGCCCGGGGGCGUGCUGGAAUCUAUCGCCCUGUUUGUUGGGUUCCCUUGGCUGUGCGCUGGCUGCGGCAGCGAGUACACGAGGUGCCGCAGUCACAAACUGGCUGACGACGGCGUUGACGACGGCGGCGGUAAUGACAGCGGGAAGAGGCGCGGGCGCAAGCUCAGACCUUGGAACCAGGCUCUCCUGGUCUGCCGUAGGUGGAACGCGCUUGGGGUCGAGGCGCUUAACCGACUGGCAGCUGAAGAGCCAAGUGGUCGAUGGGGGUUGCUCAGAGACGUCAUGGAGGACAAGAACACGACAAAGGUCUGCCUGGAUAUGAAGGGCGCUCUGGUUUGCCUCCGAUCUCUCGGUGUGAACGUGAAAGGGCCCCUAGAAGACCCCGCCGUGGCAAGGUGGCUUGCGGAACCCCCCAUUGAGGACACCACGCAACUACAGCAGCAGCAGCAGCAGGUGAAACGGGCAUCGAAGAAGCGGAAGACACCGCUACCGCCGCCCCGCGUUCCUCCCGCGAGUCUAGCCCUAGCGAGGCCACCGGUUGAUGUGGUGGACCUCUGGUGCUUGCAGGCUGCGGCGACGCUGUCCUUUAUGGCGGAGAAGGAGCAGGCUCUCAAGGAUCUGAGCCUCACGCUCCCGUUCUUUCUUCUCGAGAUGCCGGCGGUUUCGGCGGCGGCCUUGAUGGAGUAUUCCGGUCUCGCGCUCAAGGUUGGUCUCGUCGUCGGCGCGCGCAGAGAAGUGGAGCUUCGCUUGGACGACCUCGAAAGACUCGGGGAACAGCUCGCGGGAGACUACGAGGAACUCGACGACAAGACGGCACUGGCCAGCCCCAAGCGCAUCCACGACAUGCUGUACGUGACGCUAGGGGUGAAGCCCCCGCCGUCUUGGACAUCCGGGAGGGGCAGCGGUGCCGGUAGCGGAGGCGCGUCAAAGCGGGCUAGCCUGGGACCGACGGACACCAGCAGCCUGCAGGAGCUGUUGAAGCAUCGCUACCUGGCACCGGCGAAGCGCUCCCUCGCAGGGCUGUUGGCGACGAAGCGACGGCAUCCGCACCUAGACGGAGUGCGCGUGAACCCUCGGAUCGACCUCUUCACGACGACGGGCAGGAUGAUCACGUCCGACCCACCGCUGCAGAACCUGGACCACAAGAUUGUCUUGACGAGAUCGUGGCGGACAAGCCUGGCCGAAGAAAUGGAGGCCGACGUGCCUGGCUUGGAGAUCGUGCCUCGGUUAUGGGCGGAUGCGAAGGGAGGGGGUUCCCAGUCAGGAGUCCGGGGAGCUGUUUCAUCGCCGCGUUUGAGUCCGGAGGCGGAGGAGGAGUUCCGAGAGGCGGUAAGGGUAGCCCUGGCCCCCAGAGGAAACGCGACCAUGAUGAGCACGGGUGAAAUCGUGGCCGUCGUGGAAGACAAAUGCCUCAACGACCCCGUCCACAGGCACACUGAUCCCGAUGGGGACGUCGGAAACGGACCACCAGCCGCUCGCGCUCCAGAAGACCCUGCCGUUGGCGCCGGAAGCAUGGCGUCUCUUUGGCGGGAAAGCGGUCACUCGUACUCCUCCUGGGAGGCAGAAAGCACGAGGCAGGUGUUGGUGAGGCUGGGCGGUCGACGCGGAAGGGUAUACAGCUACCCUGCUGAUAAGGUCUUCCGAGUGCAGGCGAACUUUUUCAGCGACGCGAAAGCCGAGGCCAUGAAGGAAGGGGGGCUGGGGGCCAGGUGUCCCUGGUUCGCCAAGGAAGCAAUGAUGAAACCCAGGGACAGCCUCGUAGCGUCCCCGGGGUAUGCUUUCGUGUCCGCUGACUACUCGCAGGUGGAAAUGCGACUGAUGGCCCAUCUCUCCGGCGAUCCUGAUCUUCUGAAAGUGUUUGCCGACGGAGGGGACGUGUUUCGGACGAUUGCGGCGGCACUGAAGGGAAGGGGCAACAAGGCCGAGGACAUCACAGAGGAGGAGCGUCGUCAGACAAAGAUCGUCGUGUACGGAGUGCUGUACGGGCAGUCAGCGGACGCCCUCGUGCCGCAGCUGCGCCUGAGCCGUCCCGAGGCCUUCAAGAUCAGGCAGACGGUGCUCAACACGUACCCGAAAUUGACCGAGUUCCUGAAGAAGGUUAAGGAGGACUGCAAGGAGUGCGGGUACGUGGAGACCCUGUUGGGCCGUCGUCGGUACUUGCCCCAGAUCAACUCGACAGACAAGGCGGAGAGGUCGAGAGCUGAGCGGCAGGCCGCGAAUACCACCACGCAGGGAUCCGCGGCCGACUUGCUCAAGCUUGCCGCAACCAACGUUGCUGCCAGGCUUGAAAGGUGCGAGUGGAUGUCAAGGCCGGCGGCUAAGCCCAUCUGCACCCCGUCUCGCAACGCCGCCGCCGGUGGGACCUUGUCCUCCGCGCUUGCUUCUGGCACUGCUGAUGCCACUGUUCCUUGUCGGUUUCCGCGAGACGGUGGUCGAUCUGAGCUGGCGAGACGUCCGGCGUGCCGCUUGGUCCUGAGCAUCCAUGACGAACUGCUGUACGAGGUGUUGGAACCACACGUGGCCGAGGUGGCACAGAUCGUCAAGGCUUGCAUGGAAGGCGCGUGCUCACUUUCCGUCCCCUUGGUUGCGCACCCACGCUGGGGGACCAAGUGGGGCAGCAUGGCGCCCAUGGAGGGCAUGAAAACUUCAAGGAAACUUAGGCGUUUAGCUGGUGCUGGCGCUGGUGCUGGCGCUGCUCAGUCAUCUUGAUCUCUGUAGGUCGUUGUGGUAGACCCGUACGUACGUACUAGGCGUGGCUGUGGGAGUAGUGUACUCGGACAUCGAGACGCAGUAAAGUCGGAGCGUUCACGUCGUUGGUGAUACCCCAUCCCUCGGGAGGAUGCAGGCGGGUGGAGGGAAUAGGGAUGUGCCGGCGAACCGUGAUUGUUUUUCAGGACUAACAGGUUAUUUGGGCACUUUUCUUCAUCGGUAUCACCAAGCAGUUGGAAUAGUAGGUAACAUAUUCCUUGUUUUGGUUUUGCUUGCAUGGCGUCACGUUGUUGCCCGACCGGGGUAUUGAUUAGGUUCUGCAUUUGCACAAUAGUCAGGCAAAGCGUAAGUGUAAUUAUGUCACAUCGUGAUAAUAUCUAGACUGCACUAAUCGCACACAGACGCUGCUGUGUGUUUCCUCGAACGUAGGCUGUAGUCUGUACAUUGCAUACAUAGACUAUGCACAAAAAGCAGAAUUUUGAAAUUUUGCCGUUGUGUCGUCGUU